GGGUGGGAGUCUCUUGGGGAAAGGAGGACAGACCUGCACCUCUGGGAGAAUGGGAGAAGUUGGAUGGAUAGUGGUGUUUGUGAUGACUUUCAUCAGCUGCAAUGCCUUCCUGGAUCUGUCUACUGUCCACCAGGUCACGGGCACUUGGAUGGCAUCCACCACUCUCCCAUGUACCUAUGUGCCUACAGAAGAUUUCACCCAGCAAGCGCUCAGCUGGAGCGUGGAUCACGGCUCCGGCACCUCCACCAUCUUCCACAGGGACGGCACUGGUGACCACAUCCUGCUCUCCAAAUUCCGAGGCCGAGUCAGCGUCCCAAAACACAACCCAGGGGAUGCCUCGCUCCUCAUUCAGAACCUUGAAAUGCCUGACAGUGGACACUACACUUGUCAAAUCGUCUGGAGGUCCAGAGAUAACAACUUGAUAACAAAAGAGGUGACCACUAUAGUUAAAGUUGUCAAAGUGGCAGCCACCAAGCCCAUCAUCAGAGCGGCGGAGCCGGGGCUGACGCUGCCGGCCGGAGCCAGCACCAGCCUGAGCUGCGAGGCCGGCGGCUCCCCUCCCAUCAGCUACCGCUGGUUCCGCCGCGGCCCGGCGGGCACGGCCGAGCUCCUGCGCAGCGGGGCCGAGCUGGCCUGGCGCGGCCUGCGGCCCUCGGACAGCGGCACGUACUUCUGCGAGGCGCACAACAGGGCCGGGGCCGGCGCCGUGCAGCGCAGCGAUGCCGUGCGCCUGACGGUCACAGAUGUGCCCACAACAACAGCAGCCUUGCAGAGGAAUGUGGGAACCACGGGGGGACUCCACUCAACCACAGAUGUGCCCACAACAACAGCAGCCUUGCAGAAGAAUGUGGGAACCACGGGGGGACACCACUCAACCACCAGUCGGGAAGACAGUAGUGACAUGGAGCAUAGAGUGACGGAUCCUGUCCCAACCACACGGGUCUCCAGGAUGGAUACUGCUCCAGUGGGGCCUUUCCAAGACACAGGUUCCCAGCGGCUCGCCCCGUCCCCGCUGCUGUACGGGCUGCCGGCCGCGCUGGGCGGCGCCGCGCUGGGCGCGCUGCUGGCGGCCGCGCUGGGCUGCUGGCGGCGGCGGCGGAGGAAGGACGAACCUCUCUAUGAAGUUGCUUUCCGCAGAACUGCAGAUGUCGCCCUGCUGCAGCCUGAGGUGGAAGUCCCUGCUAAGGGCCAACAGAAGGAAAUGUACUCUGGCCCUGAAAAGACCACCAUGAAAGACAGGAAAAGCCCUGAGUAUGAGAACCUUGUGACUGCAAUGGAAUCUCAAUAUGAAACAGAAGGAAUUUUGUAAAGUACCAGCUUUUCCACAAAAGCAGCCAUGCAGGGCUGCAGGUACUGAAUAGUGAACUCAGCAGAAGGAAACUCUUCCUCCUGCUGUCCCUCUGUUCUGCUCUCACUGCUUGCUUUAACCCAGAGGAGCUGCAUAACCUUUUGGUCUUUGGCAGACCAGGCCCUGCCUGCAGGAGCAGAAACCCCCAGCCAACUGUUUGCCUACCCACUUCUAUAGAGCAAGUUGUUUCUGAGCAACGUGAAGGACCCAGGGCAGGAAGAAAGGAUCUGAAGGAGUGAGAACAUGAAAUUCCUUAGCCUGUAAGUCCAAGAGUAGUUUGUGCAAUGCUGCCAGUCAGUAACACUAGCAAGGGAUACUCUCCAAUGUGUGUUCCUGUUAAGACAUCCCAGGCUGCAAGGAACCAGGAUUGUGCUGGAAAUGGAGAUCUCUGGCUUUUGCAGUUCAGCAAAUACUGGUUGUACAUCCUGCCUGUGCUUGAGUCUUUUUGUUGUUGUUGUUGUUACAGCAUGGUAAAGGGACCACAGAGGGGAAGUUGAUGUCCCAGGAAUGCCAUUUUUGCUAUCAGAAUGGAGCUCAGUGCUCAGAGAGAAAGAAUGAGUCUCUGAACUGUCACCCACUGGUUUUCUCCUGGAAAACAAGAACUGAUGUAGAAGGAAAUGCUGGCAUUUAAUUUUUACAGUAUGGGGGCCAGAGGCAUGAUAAAAUAAAAAUUUGAGGCAUUUGGA